AUGGAGGAGAAGAAGGAUGAGUUCAGCGCGGAGAAGGUGAUCGCCGAGUUCGAGCGCCUGUCGGGGGACGCCGCCGCCGUCCAGCGGGAGACGCUGCGGCGGAUCCUCGCCGACAACGCCGCCGCCGAGUACCUCCAGGUCCGGGGCCUCGCCGGCUGCACCGACCCGGACAGCUUCCGGUCCUGCGUGCCGCUCUCCACGCACGCCGACGUCGAGCCCUACAUUGCGCGCAUCGCCGACGGCGACACCUCCGCCGUCCUCACCGCCACGCCCGUCACCUCCAUCUCCCUCAGCUCCGGCACCACGCAGGCGAAGCGCAAGUACCUGCUCUUCAACGACGAGAUCUUCAGGUCAGCGAUGCAGACGUACCAGACGUCCUUCGCUUUCAGGAACAGGGCUUUCCCCGUCGAGGAUGGCAAGUCGCUGCAGUUCAUCUAUGCCAGUAGGCAAUUCACGACCAAGGGCGGUCUCACGGCGACGACGGCCACCACCAACUUGUACAAUAAAGAGGAGUUCAGGAGCAACAUGCGAUCCAUCCAGUUGGAUUGCUGCAGCCCCCGCGAGGUUCUCUUCUGCCCUGACUUCAGGGAGUCGCUCUACUGCCACCUCCUCUGCGGCCUCCUCUUCGCCGCCGAGGUCCGCACGGUGUCCGCCACGUUCGCGCACAGCCUCGUGCUCGCGUUCGAGACGUUGGAGACGGUGUGGGAGGAGCUCUACGCCGACAUCCGCCGUGGCGCGCCGUCGCCGGCGCGGGUCACCGAUCCGGCCGUCCGGCGGGCCGUGUCGGCCCUCCUCGCCGCCCCGAACCCCGCGCUCGCCGACGAGGUCGCGCGCAGGUGCGCCGGGCUCAGCGACUGGUACGGCGUGAUCCCGGCGCUGUGGCCCAACGCCAAGUACGUGAGCACGAUCGUGACGGGGUCCAUGGAGCACUACGUCAAGAAGCUCCGGCACUACGCCGGCGGCCUGCCGCUGGUCGCCACGGAGUACGGCGCGUCGGAAGGGAUGAUCGGUCCCAACGUGGAGCCGGAGAUGCCGCCGGAGUCAGCCACGUUCGCCGUGCUCCCCAACAUUGGCUACUUCGAGUUCAUCCCUCUCAAGACUAGCGACGCCGGCGCUGCUGCUGCCGACGCGUGCUACGCGGACGCGAAGCCCGUUGGCCUGACAGAUGUCACCGUUGGUGAGAGUUACGAAGUUGUCAUGACCACCUUCACAGGAUUGUACCGGUACCGUUUGGGGGACGUGGUAAGGGUGGCCGGCUUCUACAACAAUACGCCCAAGCUCAAAUACAUGGGCCGGAGAAGCCUCACGCUGUCCAUCAACGUCGACAAGAACACCGAGCAGGACGUCCAACACGCCGUCGACGGUGCGGCCAAGAUCCUCGCCGCCGAGAGGCUGGAGGUCGUGGACUACACCAGCUACGCCGACUUGUCCUCCAACCCCGGCCACUACGUCGUCUUCUGGGAGCUCAACGACGGCGAGGUCGUCAGUGAUGAUGGCAAGCUACUACUGCAGAGCUGCUGCGACGAGCUGGACAGGGGCUUCGUCGACGCCGGGUACUUGGGCUCGAGGAUAACGCGCGCCAUCGGGCCACUGGAGUUGCGGGUGCUGCGGCGGGGCACCUUUGAGGAGGUGCUCCGCCAUUACCUCUCCCUCGGUGCGCCGGUGAACCAGUUCAAGUUGCCGCGCUGCGUGCCCCGGUCCAACUCCGCCGUUCUUCAGAUCCUCUCCAGCAAUACUCUGAAGGCCUUCUUCAGCACAGCCUAUGACGGAUCGAAGCCAGCGGCCGUACGAUAAGCGUAGCAGCGUGGGAAAGUUGCAAAGCUCAUGCUGCUCUCUCGCAGUUCAUGAUCAGGAUUUGGGAGUAAAUUCAGGGUGCUUAAUGUGAGUGUGACAGAAUUUGGGCAGUUCCAGUUAGUAUGAGUGAUUUCUUGGUGCCAAGCGAACUGUUCUGUUUUCUUAA